AUGGAGUCAAAAAGGACUGAGGGCCCGCUGUUAAGCCAAGCAGAGAGUUUAAACUCCAUCAGGGUGCGCACCAUCGCAGAGAAAAGCAUGGUGGUGCUGCUGCAGGGCCUGGGGGGGGGGGAGGUGACCACGGUGGACCUGAGGAACGAGAGCACGGCACGGGGUCGGGUGGUCAACGUGGAUGUGUUCAUGAACGUACCCCUGGAGGAAGUGCUUUUCCGUGACCGCAAGGGGCGCCUCACUCGGCUUCAGGACCUCUUCAUCACGGGCAGAAAUAUCCGCUACGUUCACAUCCCCGACCACAUGGACAUCAUGAAGACUAUACACGGUCAACUGACGAAAAUCCACCGUGUCCGCAACUUCAGCGAAGAGGGAGGAGGCAGAAAGGAGUUUGCCAAGAAAACAAACUGA